CACCCUGACGACAUGUAUUUAUUAUAAGCUCUUAAAUAAUGCCUUCACAAUUACAAAAUCAAUACAUACAGAUCGAAAUGAUGAAUAAAUAAUGCAAGUGGUUCAUAUGCCUCAGAAAAGGACCCAAUACACAGUAGGAAUGUGUUUUUUUUAAUCCAUGUGCAGGUGUUUGUCACACAGGCAAUAUAUAGCUAUAACAGGCUGCAGAGAGAAAACACUGCUGCUCUAUCAGUGAUCACUGUGCACCAGUAUUGAGAUAACAUAUUGAUCACCUUGGGAGAAAUUCCAAAUUGCAAGAAAAUUAGCAGUGUAAGGGUGAAAGUGAUCAAAUAAAUACAAUAAAAUACUGUAUACAGUAGACAAUCUCUGUGUGACCAAAUCUGCAAUAUAUAACUGUGCAAUAUGCAGAAGUUCCUGAGAUGAUAUACAUGCGUGCAGCGUUCCUGGGAUUAACAUAGUAAAGACAGCAUCAGACAAGUGUAAAAGCUGCAUCUGUUAAAGCCGACUGACCAUUGAUCCAGCUGUUUAUCAGCUGCCGCCGUCAUCAGAGACAGACGUCGCUUCAUGUGACGCUUCUGAGGAAACGACUUCUCAUAUCUCUAAAAUCUUAUCUCCUCAUCUCCUCUCUCCUCGUGCUGUGUCUGAAGUCUCUUCUUGCAUAAUUGGUGGGCGGGGCUAAGAUGCAAGGAGUAGACGCAAGUGUUACGUGGAUGCAAUUUAGGAUUUAGGAUGUACCCUUUCAGCCAGGCGUCACCGUAACCAGGGAACCUUCCCGCCUGUCCACCGGGCCGACUCUAUUGUUCCGGUCGAACCGAUCGUGCCUCUCCUCCGGCCGGCCUGCAGCGUCUUUACGGUCCGACAUGAUGCUGUUGUAACGUUAAUGUGCUGAGGGCGAAAUGAUGUUAUCAUCACCGUGGUGACAGUGGAGCGUGAAACAGGGAUGAUCAUGGGAGACAGAAGGAGGUCACCAUGUUCCAAAAUCUAUCCAAAUAUGCCCUCAUCUUCCUCUUCAUAGCCCUGUCUGGCCUCAUCUUCUUGCUAUGCAACAUCCACACUGUGGAGAACUGGAACUGCCACACAAUUUCAGCCCUGUACCAGCUCCAGAGCAGAAUCCAAUCAUCCUUCAUCCCGCUGGGUGUCCCUACUUUUAAUCACAACCACACCUUCUGUGCACAUUUGGGCCAGAAACCCUCCCCUGAAGAUGUUCUGGAGGAGCGCUACCUGUUGGACUCAAUCGCCUGGCCUCUGCCUCCGUUUCGCUCCACACCAAUUGUUCUGCGCCAGACGAGUGACCCUGUGCACAGCCUGUUUGCCAUCCUCCCCACUAAAGCGGGGUGGGAGUGGCAUGUGGAUGACCAGCUGGAGGUCCUUAUCCAAAUGCAUGACUUCCAUGGUCAACCCAAGCACUACGGCGGGGAUUUCCUUUUGGCUCGACUGCACUCCCCAGAGCACGGAGCAGGUGUAGCAGGGACUGUGCUGGACCACAAGAAUGGAUUUUAUUCUGCUCUGUUCCCGCUCCUCUGGGUGGGAUCUGCACAGGUUGAGAUCACGAUGGUGCACUCCAGCGAGGCCGUUGCUGUGCUGCGACGGCUAAGGGAAGAAAGACCCGAUCGUGUGUAUUUUAAGAGCCUGUUUCGCUUAGGCUUUCUUUCUGAAACGACUGUGUGUAACAUGUGCCUGCCCCCUGAGCAGCAGCCCCUGUGCAACUACACAGACCUCCACACAGGCGAGCCCUGGUACUGCUACAAGCCUAAGAUGCUCAGCUGUGAACACAGAAUCAACCAUGCUAAGGGAGGCUACCUGAAACACAUCAUCACCAACAAGGAGGCAUUGCUCUUCCAGAGUGGUGUAAACAUCAAAGUUCAUAUACAUGCUUCAGGAACUGACAGGAUCAAUGUGCUGCCUUCAAGGACAGAUAUAGUAGACGUAGAAGUCAGCACCAUGAAACCAGAACCUAUUACGCUAGCAUCAUCUGGAUAUUACUACGAGGACACAUGGAGGCCAUUAGAUGGCUUUACAAUGCGCCAGUUCAAUGAAUCGUCUGCCAUCACUCAGUGUUUGAGGAACAAGGUGAUCAACAUGUAUGGAGACUCUACCGUCAGGCAGUGGUUCGAGUACCUCAUUACUAUUUUACCAGAAUUAAAGGAGUUCGACCUACACAGUCCUAAAAAUGUUGGGCCUUUCAUGGCGGUGGACAGCACCCAUAAUAUUCUCUUGAAGUACCGCUGUCAUGGUCCUCCCAUCCGCUUCUCCACAGUCAUGUCCAGUGAGAUGCGAUAUAUUUCCAAUGAGGUUGACGGCCUCCCUGGGGGCCCCAACACUGUUGUGGUCCUCAGCAUCUGGGCCCACUUCAGCACCUUUCCCGUGGAGGUGUACAUACGUCGGCUUCGUCACAUCCGGCAGGCGCUGUUGCGACUCAUGGACCGAGCGCCAGAGACAUUUAUUGUAAUCCGCUCAGCCAACCUUCAAGCCCUGGACCAAGAGGUGAGCCUUUACAACAGUGACUGGUACUCCUUGCAGCUCAACACGGUGCUCAGAGCCAUGUUCAAGGGAAUGAAUGUUCUGCUGAUAGACGCCUGGCAAAUGAGUUCAGCGCACUACCUCCCUCACGCCCUCCACCCACCUCCACCUAUCAUCAAGAACAUGAUAGAUAUGCUUUUGUCUUACAUUUGCCAAUAGAAGAAAAAGAGCCGACAGGAGUAGAAGAGUUGUGAAGAUAGUGAAUCUGAGCUAUGUUCAAGGGACUAAAUGUUCUGCUGGUUGAUGGAAGGGCUCUCCAAAGCUACAUGCCCUUUAAAUACUGUUGGUGUUAAGGCAGUAUCACAACAGAUAUUUUUUUUUUAAAAAGAAAAAAAAAAUCCAGAGGGGAAGACAGGCGCUUACCUUUGGACCUUCCGGACGCCCCCUAGAUGACUUGGUC